UUGACUGACUCUUCAGAGCCAAGUCGAGAGUAAACCCACGCGGAUCUAAAGAAAUGAAAUUCUGAACCUUAAACCAUUUCCUAAAACUAAACAAAACAAAACUAAAUAUUUUGUUUUGCAGAGGAAGCUUUAGCUUUAGCUUAGCUUCUAGUUCUUCCAAAUUCAUAGUAAAAUUUUUGAUAAAACAAACUCAAUUUUUCUCAAAGAAGGUAAAAAAAAAAUGGCGAACAUGGUCUUCUGUGACUAUCGCUUCCUUCUCGUCGUUGCAGCCGUGGCCUUCAUCUACAUCCAGAUGAGACUGUUCGCUACACAAACAGAAUAUGCUGAUCGCCUUGCUGCUGCGGUUGAAGAAGAGAAUCAUUGUACGACUCAAAUGCGAUUACUAAUUGAUCAAAUAAGCAUGCAACAAGGGCGAAUUGUGGCACUUGAAGAAGAAAGGAAACGCCGAGAGCAAGAGUGUGCACAACUGAAGGGCCUUGUUGAAGAACUUGAAAGAAAGGGCCUACAGAGACUGACUGACAAAGUACAGGUGCCGGUGGCUGCAGUUGUGAUUAUGGCAUGCAAUCGUGCAGAUUAUUUAGAGAGGACAAUUAAUUCUGUCUUAAAAUAUCAAAGUUCUGUUGCUUUGAAGUAUCCUGUCUUUGUAUCCCAGGAUGGAUCACAUCCAGAUGUUAAAAGGAAGGCAUUGAGUUAUGAUCAGCUGACAUAUAUGCAGCACUUGGAUUCUGAACCACCGAAAACUGAAAGGCCUGGAGAGAUGGUUGCAUACUAUAAAAUUGCUCGUCAUUACAAAUGGGCAUUGGAUGAAUUGUUCUAUAAGCAUAACUUAAGCCGAGUAAUCAUACUUGAAGAUGAUAUGGAAAUUGCACCCGACUUUUUUGAUUACUUUGAGGCUGCAGCAGCACUCCUCGACAAGGAUAAGUCCAUAAUGGCCGUUUCCUCAUGGAACGACAAUGGACAAAAGCAGUUUGUGCAUGAUCCUUAUGCACUCUAUCGUUCAAAUUUCUUUCCUGGACUUGGGUGGAUGCUGACUAGAUCUAUAUGGGAUGAGCUGUCUCCAAAAUGGCCUAAGGCUUACUGGGAUGACUGGUUGAGGUUAAAAGAGAAUCACAAAGGUCGACAAUUUAUUCGUCCAGAAGUGUGCAGAACCUACAAUUUUGGUGAGCAUGGUUCUAGCAUGGGGCAGUUUUUUAAACAAUACCUUGAGCCAAUUAAGCUUAAUGAUGUCCAGGUUGACUGGAAGUCCAUGGAUUUGAGCUACUUGAUGGAGGAGAAGUUCACAAAGCACUUUGGUGACAUGGUGAAAAAGGCUAAACCUGUCCGCGGAACAGAUGUUGUUCUGAAGGCAUAUAAUAUAGAUGGUGAUGUACGAAUACAGUACGAAGACCAACCAGAGUUUGAACGCAUCGCAAACCAGUUUGGAAUUUUUGAAGAGUGGAAGGAUGGUAUACCAAGGACAGCAUAUAAAGGAGUAGUUGUUUUCCGGUACCAAACCUCAAGGCGUGUAUUCCUUGUUGGUCCAGAUUCCCUCAAGCAGCUUGGUAUUGAAGGUGCUUGAUGCAAAAACAGUUUAUGGGGAGAGAAUAUGUUAACUGGAUUAGACAACGAGUCCAGGCAAAAGAAUUGUUUUCGAAGUAGACGGGGCACUGUUACAAUUAGACAUACAGCACCAUUUACACUAAAGGAUCUGGCCCCGAGUUCACAGGUUGAGUUUCUCAACAGCAAUACCAACUUCUGUAAUUGACACAUUUAACAACUUAAUGUAGCAGACACAUAUCUCUGCGCUCGUCAAGGUGGUUAUCUCCUGAGGUUUAAACAUUUGCAGAUGGUCUUAAUAUAUAGGCAAGAAGAUGCCAUGACUUAAGUGUAUACUUUUUCAGUUUUUAUUUAAGCCCUUUUAUUUUCUUUGGUGGAUAGCCACAAUAUGAGAAUGUAAUUCUAAUUGUUGAUUUGUGGCAUCAGAUGUACUUGUUGACA